UUCCACCAUUUCAAGACCACUCUCUCUAUCUUACUCAUACACCAAAAACAGAGCAUCAUCUAUGGCUCAAACAACUCCAAACCACACACAGACCGUCUCUGGAUGGGCAGCUCAUGAUUCAUCUGGCAAGAUCACCCCUUACAUCUUCAAACGCAGAGAGAAUGGAGCCAACGAUGUGACGAUAAAGAUCUUGUAUUGUGGGAUAUGCCAUACUGAUAUUCACUAUCUCAAAAACGAUUGGGGAAUCUCUAUGUACCCUGUUGUGCCCGGGCAUGAAAUUAUUGGUUUGAUUACAGAAGUGGGUAGAAAUGUGAAGGGUUUCAAGUUGGGAGAGAAAGUUGGAGUUGGCUGCUUGGCAGCAUCAUGUUUGGAGUGUGAGUUCUGCAAGGACUCUCAAGAGAACUACUGUGACAAAGCUCAGUUCACUUACAAUGGCAUUUUCUGGGAUGGUAGUGUCACCUAUGGUGGUUACUCUAAGAUGCUGGUUGCAGAUUAUAGAUACAUGGUGCAUGUUCCAGAGAACCUGCCAAUGGAUGCAGCGGCACCCUUGUUAUGUGCUGGAAUAACAGUUUUCUGCCCAUUGAAAGACAACAACUUGCUCAAUUCACCACCCAAAAAAAUUGGAAUCGUGGGUUUAGGGGGUCUCGGACACGUGGCAGUCAAAUUCUGCAAGGCAUUUGGUCACCACGUCACAGUCAUCAGCACCUCUCCUUCCAAAGAAAACGAAGCUAGAGAUCGAUUGGGUGCGGACAGUUUCAUUGUCAGCACCAAUGCUCAGCAUAUGAAGGCAGGAAGAAGAAGCUUGGAUUUCAUAUUGGAUACAGUCGCAGCUAAGCACUCUCUUGGACCCAUCUUGGAACUGCUUAAAGUGAAUGGGACUUUAGUUCUUGUGGGUGCACCAGACAAGCCCCUUGACCUUCCUUCUUUCCCUUUGAUUUUUGGGAAGAGAACAGUGAAGGGUAGCAUCAUUGGAGGGAUUAGAGAGACGCAAGAAAUGAUGGAGUUGUGUGGCAAGCACAAUAUUACAUGCGACGUUGAGGUUGUCAAACCGGAGUAUAUCAAUGAAGCACUGGAUCGGCUCGCAAGGAAUGAUGUUAGAUAUCGUUUUGUGAUUGACAUUGCUGGAGAGUCGUCGUCCAAGCUUUAGAGAUUAAUUUCCUGGCUUUCAUAUCAUAUGUCAUGCUAUGAUAUAUAGUUUUUAAAUAGUAAUUAAUUAAACACUUCAAUACAAUAAUUUUGUAAUCUUGCUAUUCAUUGCAUAAUACUUUUUGCUCUCA